CCAUGUGCCUCCUCCUGUCUCCACCAGCUGCUGCUUCUCAAUGAUUAGAGCCCNCUGUUCCCAAACACUCUCUUCUUCUUCAAACCCCCAAAUUCAGCAAAAACUAUCUUCAAAUCCUUCAAAUCCGCCAUUACCAGACCUUCAAUUUCUUAAAGCCAUGUCUGGUUCUGAUGGCGUCGCUCACAACAAUGGCGCCAUAAUUCCCCACUCCCAACAGAGCAACCAGACCACCAACAAUGGCGCUCUGCCUCUCAAAAAACCCCCUGCUAAGGACCGCCACAGCAAGGUUGAUGGCCGUGGCCGUCGUAUUCGUAUGCCCAUCAUUUGUGCUGCUCGUGUCUUUCAACUCACCCGCGAGUUGGGCCACAAAUCCGACGGUCAGACCAUUGAGUGGCUCCUCCGUCAAGCAGAGCCCUCCAUUAUUGCCGCCACUGGCACCGGCACUACUCCGGCUAGCUUCUCCACCAUCUGCGCCUCCCUCCGUGGCACUCCUGCCACUCUUUCCUCUUCUUCUCCUGCUUCUCUCGACCAUAAACCCCUUUUGCCUCCUGCCCCUUUCAUUCUCGGUAAGCGCGUUAGACCUGACGACGAUGCAGGUCAUAAAGACAACGACGGCGGAGGCGGCGGCGGCGGUAACGGUGGUGGUGGGGCCAUUUCUGUCGGCCCUUCUGUUGGUUCCAUUAUGGGUUCAGCUGCCGCGGGUGGAUACUGGGCGUUUCCAGCUAGGUCGGAUUUCGGACAGGUAUGGAGUUUCGCCGCUGCUGCAGCUCCGGAGAUGGUGAUUCAACCGACGGCGAUUUCUCAUCAGGCGUCGUUAUUCGCUCAGCAGCAAUCAAUUGGAGAAGCCUCGGCGGCGAAAGUGGGAAAUUACCUUCCAGGUCAUCUGAAUUUGCUUGCUUCUUUAUCAGGUGGACAGGGAAGUUCCGGGCGGAGAGACAACGACCACCGUUGAUUUAAUAAUCCCGCCGUCGUUCACGGCGGCACUGUAACAAUUCUCUCUCUCGUGGGUGUUCGUGUUCAUAGAAUUAUAUAAACUACCCUUACCCUCUUCUUGAAUUUCUCUAUCGUUUUCAUUUCCCCUUCUGGUGUGGAGCUUAGAAUCUUAGGGUUUUAGGGUAUUGAAUUCUUAGCUUAAAAUGAGUUAAUCUCUAGGGUUUUCUUCUUUCUUAAGAUUGAUUAGGGUUUUUCAGCUUAGAAUCUUGAGGUUUUUCAUUGCCAGAGGAACAAAAAAACAAAAAAACACAAAAAAAGUGUGUUUGUUUUUCACAGAUUUUGCUAUAUUACCCAUAAUUAGCAAGAACUGUGUUAAUUUGGGUGUUUAUUGAUUCAAACCCAGUAAAGCUUUUUCUCCAUUUCAAUGGAAAUCCAUGGUUUGUGUAUGAUCCGCCAUUGAUGGGUUUGUUCAAGCUUUUCUUCCUCUCUGCAACUCCUCUGUUUUUCUGCACUCUGUAAUUUUCUUAGUUCUUGGAAGAUUCCACGCCAUUUUCUCGGAAAAGAAAAGGGAAUUUUCUGGGUGGGAAAAUUUUUGGGGAUAAUUUCAGCUUUGAAUCUCAUGGAUUCAUUGGAUUCUGAAACAGCCAAUGAGUUGUAUUCUUUUUUACACUCAAGUUUGUGCUCUGUUUUCUUUUAUUCUUAUUCAAUGCCAUUCAUUUGUAUGCUCGUA